AUGUCCUAUGUGUUUAAAAAAACACCAAUGCCAUCUUACCUCAACAUACAUGUUGGACUCGAGCAAAUGCGGAUUAAAGCAGAACUUGAAAAAAGACGUGGACCCCGUGUUCUGCUGGCAGGGCCUUCAGAUGCCGGCAAAUCCACUCUUUGUAGAAUUCUGCUAAACUACGCCGUGCGGAUUGGACGACAACCUACACUGAUAGAGCUGGAUGUAGAACUGGGGUCAGUGUCUGUACCUGGUACAGUUGGAGCUCUUUGUGUUGAAAAAACUGCAGAUAUAGAGAGAGGAUUCUCAGACCGGGCUCCAGACAUCUAUCACUAUGGAUCCACAACUCCUACCAGUAACGUAAUGUUAUACAACAAGGUGAUGUUCAACUAUACAUAUCCUCUAAUCAACUUCUUCAGUGUUGAAAUAGUCAAACCAAAAUCAUUCUUGACUACAUCUCGGCUUUAAAUUUCUCUUUCUCUCUCUCUCUCUACCCUUCCUCCUGUCCCACAUUCCCACUAAAAAAAGACAGAUAAAGUGAAUUUAAUUAAUGUAUUAACUGUACAUUGCAGACAUAAAAAUGUCUAAAAACAUAUAUUCAUAUUUGAGAACUGCAUCAGAAUAUAUAUAUGUAUCUAUGUGUAUAUUUCUGCUUGUAAUGUAUUAUGAUCUGUGAGUAUAUGCAAAGGAUAGAGAUAAUGUUAGACAUGGUUAGUGUAGAGGGGCUUGAAAAGUGUUAACAGAGUAAGAUUGCACUGACUACAGGUGGUGUUUAGAAUUAUUGAGUUUAAAAGUUAGGUUAAAGGGACGCUAUAGUUACCCAGGCCACUUAAGCCAUUGACAUUGUCCCUGUCCCACUUAGUCCUGCAAUGUAAAUAAUUGCAGUUUUAGAGUAAGUGCAAUGAUCACAUUGCAGGACUAAGACUGCCUAUAGUGGCUUUUGGUCACGCUUUGCAUGAGGACAUCAAGCAUCAGUUAAAUCCCCAUAGGAAAGCCAAUGCACAUUAGCCACCCCCCUUACUGUACCAGGGAGAGGGAUGGGAGGGAAGGGGGGAACAGAGGGAAGUAGAGUGUAAGGAAUACCUUACACUAUAGAAUCCCUUUAAAUUUAGUGUUGGGACACAUUGGAUGUUUUGCAUUUAAAGGGACACUGUAGACAGCCAGACCACUUCAGCUCAUUGAAGUGGUCUGGGUGCAAUGUCCCAUAACUCCACCUCUAGUGGCUGUCUCCAGAAUUGAAACACUCUGCAUGAGAACUUCCAGUAUCAGAUUUUUCCCUAUAGGAAAGUAUUGAAUUAUACUUUCCUAUGGGGAAUUCCUAAUGCGAGCGCGGCCAUUGCCACGCAUACACAUUAGGUCUCCCCCGACGGCUGACAUUAUCAGGGGAGGAGCAUGGGCAGAGACUGACCCAUGGCCGCAGGACAUCAGCGUUGGAUUCAGGUAAGUGGCUGAAGGGGUUUUAACUCCUUCAGCCCCAGGGGUGGGGGUGGGGGGGGGAGGGACACUGCAAAAGCCUAUCGUGCCAGGAAAAUGGCUUUGUUUUCCUGGCACUAUAGAAUCCCUUUAGGAGGAGCUAACCCUAAGAUUAAGUUGAGACUUUUAGUGCUUUAAUGUGGCACAAAGGAAAGGGUUUCUUUAGGGUUUAGUGGUGGGGGGGUUUAAAAUUAAGGUUAUGGGAAAAGGGGUGUUUGGAGCAUGUGGAAUUUGGGGUCGUAUUUGCAAAGUACUUACCAUCUGUCAUCUUCUGUAUUCCAGUCUGUUUCCUAAGAUUAAUAUUAGAGAUGCUGGAGCUGCAGGAUCGGUCAGUGUGCAUCACUCAUUGCUUUUCCUGCUACUCCAGCAAGGCGCUUCCAGUGUGAGAAAUCACUAGUGGACCGAUGGGAACUGAUCCCUUCCACUUCCUGUCCGGCCUCACACACAGACACUGAAUGAGAUGGGACAACACUGAGUUUUACACUCCCUAUAGGUAUAACUAUUAAUGCAGCUCUACUGUCAAUCUUAGAAACAUGAGUAGACUACUGAGGACACUGGCCAAGGCUCAUUAAGCAUAGCUCUUCUUUACCAGCACACUUAAACGUCAAAAAUAUACUUUAUAACUACUGAAAUCAGGUCAUGUGCCUACUCUGCCUAAUGGGAAAUCCAGCCCUGUCUGUCUUUCUAUAUCUAUCUAUCUAUAUCUAUCCAUCCAUCUAUUACAAAUUCAGUGCUUAGUAAAUUAACUUCAAAAUAUAUUUGCUGGAAUUUUGGAUAAAUGUUUUUCGUGCCAACUUGCAGAAUGCUAUGAUGAGUUAGUAUGAUCUAUAAUGUAACAUUAGGUCUUAUUUAAAUGACAAACACACCAUGUCUUAAUUUUUAUUGUUUUUGCAUUGUUUUUCGUGCCAACAACUUAUUUUUCUGUCUCCAGAUCACAUCUCGUCUCGCUGAAGAGUUUAACCGGCAAUGUGAUUCUAACCGUCUUACAUCGUCUAGUGGAUGUAUUAUCAACACUGGGCCCUAUGAGAGAGACCCUGGAUAUGAAUCACUGAUCCAUAUGGCCACAGCAUUUGACGUGGAUGUCAUACUAGUACUAGAUGAGGAGCGUCUGUAUCAUAAUCUCCUUCGUGACCUUCCUCACUCUGUACAAAUUAUCCGUCUACUCAGAUCUGGUGGUGCCAUUGAUCGAUCUGAAGAAUUUCGUAGGGAAUCUCAAGAUCAACUGGUCCGUGAGUACUUCUAUGGUCCUUUUGGCUCAGUCUGCCCCCAUGCAUUUGAAGUAAAGUUCUCAGAUGUAAAAAUCUACAAAGCUGGGGCUCCAGUUGCACCAGAUUCUUGCGUUCCUAUGGGUACCUCACAAGCAGCCAAUCAGCUGAAGUAUGUACCAGUAACACCCAGCAAGAUUGCAGAACAUCAUCUUUUGAGUGUGGUACUUGUGGAUGAUGAUGGAGGAGAAGAAAGCUUCACGAGGAACAGUGUGGAAGGAUUCAUCCUCAUCACAGGAGUGGACACUAAAAAGCAGACCAUUAAAUUGCUGUCUCCUACACCCAUGCUUCUACCCAAAUGUGCUUUACUUAUUAUGGAUGUUAUCUACAAGGAUCAGAAGUAA